GGAAGAGACGUGGCAACGGAGGGAUAAUCGGAGAGGCUAUAGGGCAGAAGGGGGCUGAGCGGGAGCUCUGGUGAGCCCAGUCUCUGAUCUUCCGUGCUUCGAACCACCGCUCGCGCCCGUCGAGACCGGUGCUGCCAUCGAUCAGUAACUCGGAGAGCGGGGGCCGACCAUGGGGCUUUGCAAGUGCCCCAAGAGGAAAGUGACCAACCUGUUCUGCUUCGAACACCGAGUCAACGUCUGCGAGCACUGCCUGGUGGCCAACCACGCCAAGUGCAUCGUCCAGUCCUACCUGCAGUGGCUCCAGGAUAGCGACUACAACCCCAACUGCCGCCUGUGCAACACACCCCUGGCCAGCCGGGAGACCACCCGCCUCGUGUGUUACGAUCUCUUCCACUGGGCCUGCCUCAACGAACGGGCCGCACAGCUACCCCGAAACACAGCGCCCGCCGGCUACCAGUGCCCCAGCUGCAAUGGCCCCAUCUUCCCCACAGCCAACCUGGCUGGCCCCGUGGCUUCCGCCCUGAGAGAGAAGCUGGCCACGGUCAACUGGGCCCGGGCAGGCCUGGGCCUCCCUCUGAUCGAGGAGGUGGCGAGCCCAGAGCCCGAGCCUCUCAGCGCCUCCGACUUCUCCGACUGGUCCAGCUUUAACGCCACUGAUCCCAUGAGACAGGAAGAGACGGACAGCGCUUCUGCUGCCCAGGCCUUCUACAGCCAGCCCCCCCGGCCGCCCGCCUCCCCAGGCAGGCCCGAGCAGCACACGGUCAUCCACAUGGGCAGCCCCGAGCCUUCCACUCACGCUCCUAGGAAGGUGUACGACACUCGGGAUGACGAGCGGGCACCAGGCCUGCACGGGGAUUGCGACGAGGACAAGUACCGGCGCCGGCCCGCCCUGGGCUGGCUGGCCCAGCUGCUCAGGAGCCGGGCUGGGUCUCGCAAGCGGCCGCUGACCUUGCUGCAGCGGGCGGGGCUGCUGCUGCUGCUGGGGCUACUGGGCUUCCUGGCCCUGCUCGCCCUGCUGUCUCGCCUGGGCCGGGCUGCGGCCGACAGCGACCCCAACCUGGACCCGCUCAUGAACCCCCACGUCCGUGUGGGGCCCUCCUGAGCCCUGCCUGUGGCUUGGCCAGCCUAGGUCCCGAGGAGGGGACGCGGGGGAGGCCUGGGGCCUCUCCUCUGCUCCUCUCCUUGAGCGCGAGACACUAAGACCCCAGGCCCAGAGGAGAGUCCAGCAGAGCAGCUGGAGGCCGGGCCUGGCGUCCUCCACGUAGGUCAAGUCCCCCGGGGCUCCAGCCUCCCACCUCCCACCCUGCCAAGGAGCUGACAGGUGGAAAUAAACAACAGACUUUAUUAAACGCCGAA